UGGAACAAUGCUAAAAUAAAAUCGCGCUUCUAAACAAUAUAUGGAAAUCAGCUCACCUCAAUGUGUAUGUAAUAAAUGAAAAGAAAGUUAUAUUAAUUAUCGUGAGUUAGUGAUUGAAACUGCAACCAAAUAAAGUGUCAUAAGGUUUCGAAUAACGAACAAGUUCAAGUUGUGAUAGCAUCGGCGUCGUGUCAAAUCAACCGUCAACUACGGUCGUUAUUAUAUUUUUUACUUAUACAUUUCGUGGCGGCAUGUUAUGUUGGAGGUAAAAUACAGUCAUGACGCCGUUGGAAGCAAUGUUUACUUCGAUCACGUGAAGUUGGCGCGGAAAUGCAGCUAAACAAUUUUUCGUUUUAAGUUUGCAUUCAACAUGGAUACGCUUUCUGAUAUGAUGGAGCCCGCCACCCCAGUGCUAUCUUGCGAUGGUGUCAACUAUUGUAGAACUGAAGACAGUGGAUACCAUACAUUUACUCCCGGCUCCAUCGACUGUUCAGAAUUGUCGUCUGAGAAUAUAGAUCCUGUUAUUGUUCAAGCAUCUAUAUGUGAAGGUAAAGGGAAUCGUCAUAGAAUUUAUAACAAUACUCCUGAACCAUGCUACGAUCUGACUAAUUUCUCAGAUAAUGGUGAAAAUUACCCAGAAAGGUUGAAGAGAAGAGGUGUGAAACGCCCAUAUCCGAGUGAUACAGAACCCAAUGACAGCUUUGGAUCUGUUCCAACUCCUACAAGUAUAAUAGCUGGUCAAAUACAGAAGUUAAAAGUAAAUGAAUCUGGAAACUACAGUGGCAACUAUACAAUAUCACCAAUAAGCUCUGAUUACAAAGAUGCCAGUAGUAUCUAUAACUUCAAUGCAUAUUCAUUGUCAUUCCCGUCUACACCCAUAAAGAAAAUAUGCAAAAGCAGCUGCAAAUUAAACAGGAUAAGAUCUAACCACAAAUCGAGUCCAUUGAGGCCAUUAAAUAGUAAUAAUCAGCAACCUAAAAAGUUUGCUAGACAACUUGAUUUUGAAACACACUCAUUGGCCUGUGAGCCGCAGAGUCUGAUAGUAGUCACUAUCCCACCGCCAAGUCCUGCUGUUCCAGUACUCUAUAAACCCAAUCAGAAGAUUGAUAUCAUCAAGCUCUUAAGUGAGCGAGUCUGCUCAAUACCAGUUAUUGAUACUAUAUUGAGUUUUAUGUCACCAGUAGACAUUUUCAACUUUUCUUUAGUCAGCCCUACAUGGUCUCGGGUUUGCGCGGAUUCAUUAGCAGGCAGAGAAAAGUUGAAGACUUAUAUGAGAUUGUCUAAGGAAAAUCAAGAGAACAUAAGAAGUAGCCCUAAGAUCAACAUUAUUGACAUCAGAAGGAAACUUAGGGACAUACACAAUAUUGAACAUGUUCAAACUACACCAAGCUCUCCAAGAAGCCCUCCAACUUCUCCUCGGUCUAUGAGAUUCAAAACAUUUGCUCGGUCAGCAUCUUUGGAUGUGUGCAUUCAACUGGCCUGUGUGCGGUGUCAACAGCCAGCUAAAGUGACAAAAGAUCCUUCUGGUGAGAUUUGGGCAGCAUGCACAAGAGCUACUUGCGCAUACCAGUUCUGCAAGCUUUGCUCCUGCGAUCGCCAUCCAGGUAAGAGCUGUAUUCGUUUUGACCUUGAAGGACCCAGCCCGUCUAAAAGGAAAAAGAAAACUUGUGCUGCUGGAUCUAGACAAAGUAAGACCAACCUGCGCCGACUUCUCAUCAAAUGAGACUAGGUGGUUAAACUAAUUUGAUUAUGUGUGUUACUUAUAGUUGCUAGUGUCGACGAAAAUGUAAGCUGGAUGCGUAGGGGGCCAAUUCGUUUUAGUAUGUAUUGAGAUUAUUUUUUCAAAAAUUCCCAGUGUUAGGUGUUGUGCCAUUUUUAUACAACUUUUUAUUCGAAUUAUUCUCGUUUUUAAUGUUUGGCUAUAGUAGCUAAUUAAGAAAAUUAGCUGUAAAUUUGUGUGCGUAAUGUAGAGUAUACACUUUUGAGCAUUCUUUUUAUGAGCCCUACAUUCCAAAAUGACAUUAUAAUGUUAAAUUUCAAGUAUAAGUAAAAACUCUGGAAGUUAAACGAUAGACUGAAAUAUUAAUGCCAUGUUAAAGUAAUUUACAAUUUAUAA